CAACCUAGAUCAGCUGGGGACGGACAAGGAGGCGCGUCUUCUCGAGAUCUGGAAAGAUUUUAAAGCGAGCAGUUGCUUUUUUUCCACGAGUUAACGGAAUCAUAGCAUUAAAAGCAACACCGUUUCAUCUGCCUAAGACUAGCGAAUGUUUUGACACACGUUUUGAAUGACGUGAUAGUAUUUGUCAGUGUUGCUAGCUAGUAGCAGCCAGCUAACCAGUGCUUGGCUGCAGUGAUGUGGCCUGUUCUGUUUGACGGAGGGAGAGGGAGGAUGAGCAAGUCCAGCUAAUCAAGACCAUCGCUGCACUCAUCUUUGUUGCUGGCGAGAGAUAUUUUUAUUUUUCCAAUGUCUGUUUAAAUUGAAGGUGGGGGAGAAGACACUUCAAAAGAUCAACAACAAUGAGCGGACUGGCAAGAUGUCCCUGAAAAAAUCUAAAAGCAUCGGUGCCUCCUCUCCUUUGAAUGGAAUCGGCAAACAGGACGGGGACUCGCGGAGGAGGAGGAAGAUGGCCGAGAUCUCGCAGGCCCUGGGAGCGAGCCCGGCGGACGUGGCGGCCCUGCGGCGGAUGGCCAUCAGCGAGGGCGGGCUGCUGAGCGACGAGAUCCGCUGCCAAGUCUGGCCCAAACUGCUCAACAUGCACACCGACCACCUGCCCGAGAAGCCGGCAGCGGACUUGAGGGAGAACCACAAGGACUACCAUCAGGUGCUGCUGGAUGUGAGGCGCUCUCUCCGGAGGUUUCCGCCAGGGAUGCCUGAUGACCAGCGGGAGGGUCUACAGGAGGAGCUGAUUGACAUCAUCCUGCACGUGCUCGACCGCAACCCCCAGCUGCACUAUUACCAGGGUUACCAUGACAUCGUCGUCACCUUCCUCCUGGUCCUGGGCGAGCGACUGGCCACCGUCCUGGUGGAGAAACUCUCCACCCACCAUCUCAGGGAUUUUAUGGACCCCACCAUGGACAACACCAAACACAUUUUAAACUAUCUGAUGCCCAUCAUAGAGCGGGUCAACCCUGAGGUGCACGACUUCAUGCAGCAGGCGGAGGUGGGCACCAUCUUUGCCCUGAGCUGGCUCAUCACCUGGUUUGGCCAUGUACUGUCUGAUUUCCGUCACGUGGUUCGGUUGUACGACUUCUUCCUGGCCUGUCACCCCCUAAUGCCCAUCUACUUUGCUGCCGUGAUCGUGCUUCACCGAGAGGAGGAGGUGCUGGACUGCGAGUGUGACAUGGCCUCCGUGCACCACCUCCUGUCCCAGAUCCCUCAGGACCUCCCGUACGAGACGCUCAUCAGCCGAGCCGGCGACCUCUUCGUCCAGUUUCCCCCCUCCGAGCUCGCCCGGGAGGCGGCCCAGCAGAACAGCCAACAGACGGCGGCCUCUACCUUUAAGGACUUUGAGCUGGCGUCGGCGCAGCAGAAGCCGGACUCUGUGCUCCGGCGGCGGCGGAGGGAGCGGGUGCCACCUCAGGCUCAGGCGCAGGCCAUGGUGGUGGCGCGGCCGCGGGCCAAGCGUCUGGUCCGGCUGGCCGUCAUGGGCCUCACCGUGGCCCUGGGGGCCGCGGCCCUCGCCGUGGUCAACACCGCCCUGGAGUGGGCCCCCAAUCUCGAUUUCCAGCUCUUCCCCUGACCACGGCUCCUGGACACGCGCUUCCCCCUCCCCCACCGGACGCUCCGUUGCUGCGGGAGGAGGGGUCCUUAUUUAGGCGUUUGUAUAUUUCAGAAAUAUAAAGGACGUAAGCGGCCGCGCUCGCAGGGAAUAAACUGUCAGGCGGAUUCAUUUAAAGGACGGCUGGGAAGCGCUUUGCCGAGUGAGUGGGGCUGCCAAUGUUGCUUUCUGAGUCAAGGUUAGGGUGUGGCGGUGCUGCUGAUUAGGCUAGUGUGUGUGUGUGUUUGUGCGCGUGCGUGGGGGUGUGUGUGUGUGAGUGUGACUGGUAGCCACUGAAAGCGGCAGUUUCCCCACACGGUCUUACUGUAAGGACUAAACGUCACAGAAGGCUUCCGUUUGGGAGGUUAGCCACCCCACACACACCCCCAAAUUAAACUAGGCCUCAGUCUGCAGUGAAGUUCACCUGUGACCAUCCAGCCUUCAAAAUGGCUGCCUUGUCACCACUGUCACCCCUAUUCUGAGUACUGUACCGCGACCAAAAAGGCCCAGUUUAAUCCCCUAGUUUUGUGUAUUUUCCACACAAUGUAUAUUUUCUCAAAUGAAAUGCAAGUCGUUUAUUUUUCUGAUCAGGUUUUAUUUUUCUCAUAAUUAUGAUCGGUCUGUUGUGCAUUUCAGUUCAGCGAUCGUCACACUCCGUGUUAUCGGCGUCUGUGCCGGUUCCUGUUUCGGUGUCCGUCUCUCCGUGUACAGCAUCGCCCUGACUGCACUUGUCCGGCCGGCUUCCUCCUCGGCCCCACCCCCUCCGGAUAAGCAAAACAUUUCCUGCCUUUCAGUGUACACGGCCUGUUUGCGGACACUCCCUACUGAAAAGCACCAAUAAUCUCCUGGAACAGGGCUGGGCAGCCCUAGGUUAUGUACUAAAGCCCUGUUCCUCAAUUCAUGGUCCUCAAGGGUUGAGGACUCCUGGGUUUUCCACCCUCCGUUUACCUGGUAGUCGGGUGUGAAUGCGGUCAACAAAUGGACUGGAUUCGGAUUCGAGGGCCAGAUUUGAAUAUCCAUGAUGUAAAC